GGUUAGGCGGCAGAGUUUGUUUACGUUGCUCGCUGACCGGUUGGUUGCCUUCCUCAGCUCGAAUGCCAAGAUGGGGAAAUCCUUCGCCAACUUCAUGUGCAAAAAGGACUUUCAUCCUGCCUCCAAAUCCAAUAUCAAAAAGGUAUGGAUGGCAGAACAGAAAAUAUCAUAUGAUAAGAAGAAACAAGAAGAAUUAAUGCAACAGUACCUUAAAGAACAAGAGUCAUAUGAUAAUAGAUUGCUUAUGGGAGAUGAACGUGUAAAGAAUGGCCUUAAUUUCAUGUAUGAAGCCCCACCAGGAGCCAAAAAAGAAAACAAAGAGAAAGAAGAAACAGAAGGAGAGACAGAAUACAAAUUUGAAUGGCAGAAAGGAGCUCCACGAGAAAAAUAUGCCAAAGAUGACAUGAACAUCAGAGAUCAGCCCUUUGGCAUUCAGGUUCGAAAUGUAAGAUGUAUUAAAUGUCACAAAUGGGGUCAUGUCAACACAGAUCGAGAGUGUCCUUUGUUUGGUCUUUCUGGAAUCAAUGCAAGUUCGGUUCCCACUGAUGGCUCAGGGCCAUCGAUGCACCCCUCGGAGCUAAUAGCGGAGAUGAGAAACAGUGGGUUUGCACUGAAACGAAAUGUACUGGGGAGAAACUUGACCGCAAAUGAUCCAUCACAGGAGUAUGUUGCAAGUGAGGGUGAAGAGGAUCCAGAAGUGGAAUUCUUAAAGUCACUCACAACCAAACAAAAAGAAAAACUUCUCAGGAAAUUGGACAGACUUGAAAAGAAAAAAAAGAAAAAAGAUAGAAAAAAGAAAAAGUUACAGAAGAACAGAAGUAAACACAAAAAACAUAAAAGCAAAUCCUCCUCCUCUUCCUCUUCCUCCUGCUCCUCCUCUUCCUCCAGUACAGCUUCAGAAAGCAGUAGUGAGAGUGACAAAGAAAAGAAGAAAAGAAAGAAACACAAAUGUUCAGGAAAUAACAGUGAUUCUGAAGAAGACAAGUCUAAGAAGAGAAAACUUCAUGAAAAACUUUCUAAUAGUCAUAGUAACAAGGAAAAAGUCAAGGAAAAGUCUAGGUCUUUAAAAAAAGAGAGUUCCGGAGAGAAUAGCAAACAGAGCUAUCCUGAUAGCCACAGGUCCAAAAGCCACCACCACAGCCCAGAGAAGAGAGGAUCAGAAAAAAAAGAGGGGAGCAGCAGAAGCUGUAGCAGGGAUGAGAGGAGUAGGAGAAGCCGAAGCCGAAGUCCUGGUAGUUAUAAGCAAAGGGAGAUAAGGAAGCAGCCACAGCGGAGUCUCAGUGAAGAGCGCAGCAGAGGAAAUGACAGCAGGAGCCAUGGCACCAGUGUAUAUAGAGGAGAAAGAAUGCACAGGGAGCAUCCCGGAGAUAAGCACACCAAAGGGACUCACAGAGAAAGAAGCAGAAGUCGGGAGAGAAUAAAGAGACCGCAUGUAACAGUUACCUAGUAAUAAAAGCAUCUCCACUUUCUUACUAAACACUUUUAGUAAGGGCUAAAUUAUGUACUAUUAUCUUUGUAAUAAAUAAAGCUCUAUUUUAAUUUUCCAUCUCUGUAAACUGUCAUUUCAAAUAUAAAACCAUAAGAAUGAAUUUUGCAAAUAUUUGUAAGUAAUGUAUUUUGAAAAUGUAGAAGUAUUUUCUGUUGGUAACUGUUUCUUGUGCCCCUGUACCAGAUAAAACUCCAUAUAAUUCUGACAUUUUCUUUGUUCUGAAACAAAUUAAAAGAGUGACAGUACA